AUGAAUCAGUUUCUGCUGCUUUUUCGGAAAAAUUUGAUAAUUUGGAGACGCAAUAAAUUAUGGACAUUUUUCGAAAUUAUUCUCCCUUGUGUUUUGACGCUACUUUAUUUGGGUAUUUUUGUGGGUGUAAGUUUCUUUUUUUUUUGGAGAAUAUCUGGCAAAAAUUAUUUUUUCAUGCAGAGAAGAAGUUUACAUUUUGCGGAUACAAAUUCACUGAAUUUUCGAAUUCAAGGAAAUGUUUAUGAUAUAUCAACAAGUGUCAAUUAUUGUAGCCCACUCAUCAGACUUGCAUAUUCGUAAGUGUCACCUGAAAAUUUUUUGAAAUUCAAAAACUUUCCGACUUCUCAAAACAUUUUCAAUUGAAAAAAAUUUGCCGAUAGCUUCGCUACCGCUCGAAAGCGAUAAACACCUCAGAGAAAGCCGGCGACUAAUCGGCGACGAACUUACGACGAAUCGAGAUCAGGCGACUAAUCGUCUGCCAAUCGUAAGUUCGUCGCAAGUUCGUCGGCGAAAAUAGUGUGUGUUUCCCGGAGACGCAGACGAAAAAGUUUCAGGCGACUAAUCGGCGACCAAUCAUAAGUUAGUCGCCGAUUAGUCGCCGAUUAGUCGCCUGAAACUUUUUCGUCUGCGUCUCCGGGAAACACACACUAUUUUCGCCGACGAACUUGCGACGAACUUGUUGGUCGCCGAUUAGUCGCCGGCUUUCUCUGAGCACACAAAACACGUGAAUUUAUAAAUGUGUGGUGUGGGCGACGGUUAGCGGGUUGUGCGCGCUGCCAUUGUUUGUGUGAAAGAAGGGCGGGGCUUAUUUGAGGGAGCGCGUUUUUUUUGCCUUUCAGCUCAUCAUCGACUUGCAAAAAUGAAUCCACGAAAAUUAUGAACAUUAUGGAAGAUAUUUUCACAACUUCACACUCCUAUUUUGAAUUAACGGAAGAACCAUCAGAAGAUUCACUUGAGAAAAAACUACGAGAUGCCGUGAAAGAAUAUAGCUUUGCUUAUCGUUCACAUUAUUUCUGUGAGUUAGAAAGAAUUGGUAUUUAUUUCGAUGAAAUCGAUUUUGACAAACAAAUCUUGAAAUAUCGUCUGAUUUAUGCAAAUUCUGAUGGGAAUUGGCUUCUCGAAAAACGAAGUGCUAUGUCCAAUGGUUUUGGUAAAAAGUUUGCAACAGAUUAUGAACGCAUGGGAUUUCUAACAUUUCAACAUGCAAUUGAAACGAGUUUCAUUAACAUCAUCAAUAAUUCAAAAAAUCAAUUCACAAUCAAUUUUCAAUCUUUUCCCGAACUUGAAGUUGCUAUAAAUCUUCAUGCAAGACAUUUGAGUAUUAUCCCAUAUUUAUUAUCGAUUUUCAUUUUCACAAAUGUGAUUCAUGUUACACGUGAAAUAUCGGCUGAAAAUGAGCAUUUGAAAGGAUAUUUGAUGACACUUGGAUUAUCAAACUUCAAUUUUUAUUUGACACAUAUUCUGAGUGGAUUGUUGAAAUCUAGUUUUCUAUUUUUCAUCACAAUUAUGGCAUUUUGGAUAAAUGAAUCUGUGAGUUUCAAAUCAUUAUGUGAACAAUCGGGCUAAAUUUUAGCAAAAUCUUUUUUUUUCAGUCUUAUAUCAAUCAUAUUUUCACAUUGUCAAUGAUUCUAUUUUUAUAUGGUUUAUCUGCAAUAACUUUCGGCGCAUUUAUCGCCUCAUUUUUCUCGACAUCAGAUUCGGCAGUCAAAGCGUCAAUCACAUUUUGGGCAAUUUUGCUAGGAAUAUUAUUUUUAUUCAAACCUGAAAACCAUCAAGAAAUAUUCAAAUGCCAUUUUUAUUCAUUGAAUCCAAUUAUAGCAUUUUCACUAUCUCUUGAUAUUCUCGCAGAAUUAAUAGUCGAUGCAAAAUCGCUGAAUAUUUUCAACAUUUUUAGUGGAUUCUAUAACAGAUUUACAUUAGGAAAUGCGAUUUCAAUGCUUAUUUUUGAUAUCAUUUUGAUGUUUGGAAUUUCUAUUUUUGUUGAUAAUUAUCGAAGAUCAAAUGAUGUUAGUUUGAUACAAUUUAUAACAUCACUUUUUGCUUCAAAAAAUAUUGAGAAUAUAAAAAUGAGUGAAUUGCAAGCGUCAGAAGAUCUAUUAGAUGAAGAUGUUUCAAAUGAGAAUCGAAAUGAAGAUGAAAAUGGGAUUAUAGUUAGUAAAUUGGUGAAAAUUUGGAAAACAACUGGAGAAAAAGCUAUAAAUGGAUUGAGUUUCGAGGCGAAACGCGGGGAAGUUACGAUUUUAUUCGGGCAAAAUGGUGAUGGGAAGUCAACAACUUUUCAUUGUAUUGCAGGAAUGAUUCCGCCAACUCAAGGUAUUUUUUGCAGAUCAAAAAAUAUUAUUUUUAUUUAUUUAUUUUGAGAAAACUUUAAAAAAAAACCUUUCGUAGAGAAAAGUUUUUUUGUGAGAGAAAACGAGACAGAAGAGACGCGAGACGAAAAAGGGAUAUGAAAACUCCGCCCAUUUUUUGAAUAUCCGUAGCUAAAGCAACCAUUCUUAACCUCAAAAAGAUUUCGAACUCAAAACUUUUCUUUAGGACGAGUAAUCAUUUCUGGCCGCGAAUCCAACCUUAGACCAAAUAUUGGACUCUGCCCCCAAUAUAAUCCAAUUAUUGAUCAAUUAACAGUUGAAGAACAUCUUUGGUUUAUCAAUGGUCUAAAAGGAAAUCGAGAAAAUCGAAAGUUUCGAUCUGAAAUGAAUCGAUUGUUGGAAAAUGUGAAUCUUAUGGAUAAAAAACAUGAAUUCUCUUCGAAUUUAUCCGGAGGAAUGAAACGGAAAUUAUGUGUUUGUAUGGCGCUGAUUGGAUCAUCUGAAAUUGUUUUAUUAGAUGAGCCCACAGCUGGAAUGGAUACAGGAGCGAGAAAAGAUGUGCAAAAUUUAUUGGAGAUUGAAAAACAAGAAAGGUAAGGCUUUUUGGAUACUGUAGCCCACAAAUUUAAAAUUGAUGUCAUUUUUCUAAUUGUCAGAACAAUUCUAUUAACAACGCAUUAUAUGGAUGAAGCUGAAAGACUAGGUGAUUGGAUUCUUAUAAUGUCACAUGGUAAACUUGUCUCAUCUGGAACCACAAAACUCCUGAAACAAAAAUAUGGAAGUGGUUAUUUAUUGACAGUUGUUUUAGAUGAUAAUAACGAUAGAGAUAGAAUCUCUGAAGUUUUAGAAAAACUUUGCCAAUUUUAUAUAUCAGAAGCGAAAAUUGGAAAUAAACAUGGAAAACAAAUUGAGGUCAUUCUUCCGGAAAAUCGGAAAUCUGAUUUUCCGAUAUUGUUUAGAGCAUUGGAAACUGUUCAGAGGAAAGAGUAAGUUUGGCCAAGUUUAAAAUAAAAAUAAAAAUAUAAUAAAUAUUUUAGAUUUAGCAGCGAGAUAUUUUUCAUUCUCCCAAGUCAAUUGAAAGAUAAAUUAAGAAUUUUGCAAAUCACAAAUUAUGGGUUAUCCCUAAACACAUUGGAGCAAGUUAUUCUAACUAUCAGUGAAAAAUUUGGAAGUUCAGAAACUGAUGGAAUCGUGAAUCAAAAUCACGAAUUCGAAGCGAAAAAAUUCGAAAAUCUCCUUGAAAACCAGUCAAAUCUUCUCCCGGUAAAGCAAGGAAUUCCUCUAUUCCUCUCUCAAAUCUCGGCAAUUUUUCGCAAAAAAUAUAUGUACACAAAAAGAAGAUGGAGUCAAUUAGUUGGUCAAUUAUUCAUUCCACUUAUGAUUAUUGCACUGAUUUGGUUGAUUUCAAAAAUGAAAGUGCAUGAACAACUAAAACCGGAUAGCAUUGAAAAAAGUUAUGAUUUGCAAGAAUUUUCGCCGGCCGCUGUUAUUUGGAGAAAUCCAAUGUCGGAAAAUGAUUUGAAAAUGAAGAAAAUUGUGGAGAGAGCUUCUUUGGGAUUUGAAAAUCAUAUAUUUGACAAAUCAGAAACCUUGUUGAAUAUAUCAGCACCAUUCCAUGGAAAAAUUCCAUCCCUUCUAUUUGGUUUCGCAGAAAAUACAACACUUUUCGAUUAUCGUAACCAACAUAUUAUCCCAUCUCUAAUUACAUUAAAUAACCAAGCAAGAUUAUGGGAAGGAUCGGAUAUUGAAAAAGUGCCAAAAAUCGAGUGUCAAAUAAAUUUCCAUUUGGAAAAAAAAUAUGAUGAUUUGGAUAAUUCGCACGAAGUUCUUAUUGCAUUUUUUAUUGUUAUUUUCUCAUUGGUCACAUCGUCUUUUGUCCUGUUUUUAGUUGAAGAAAAAGUUUCGAAAUUUGCUCAUCAACAAUUAUUAACAGGGAUUUCACCAAUUACAAUGUAUGCUACUUCAAUGAUUUUUGAUUUUCUUGUAUUUUCCGCGAUUUGCUUGAUAUUUUUGGUAUUUUUCUAUCUCUUCGAUUUCCUAUUGUAUCGAUUAGGAAUGUAAGUUGUUCUUAGAAAAAGUCUUAAAAUUUUCAUUCACGCUACUAUAUUUUCAGCAUAAUCUUCUCAUGGUUCCUUUAUUUCAUCUCAAAUGUUCCAUUCAUUUAUCUAAGCUCACAGUAUUUCAAAUCACCUUCAAAAGCGCGAGUUUUUCUAGUCAUUUGGCAGAUUUUCAUUGCUUCCGCUCUCUUACUUAUCCGAGGUAUUUGGAACGAUUAUUUUGCUUUCAUUUUGGAGGUUUGUGAUGGGAAAAAAUCUUGACCAGGUUUACUGUAGUUUUAGGUCCCGAAACUUUGGCAUUUUUUGAAAUCAAAAAAGCCCAGAAGUACUGUAGGCGCGAAAAAUCAAGAUUUUUUGACACCAAAGAAGUCUAGGAGUAUUUAUGAAAACAAAUUUUUUGCAGUGCAUUUGCUCAUUUUUCGUACCUGCAUUCUCAUUUGGAAAUACUUUGAUCGAAACUAUGAAACCUAGUUUUUCACAAAAUUAUAGCAAAUAUUUAACUUUUAUGGUUUUAUCCGCAAUUGUUCCAUCAAUUCUUUUUGUGGUUUUGCAAUUCAAAACAGUUCAAAAAUAUUUGUCAUCUCGGAAGAUUAACGAGAGGAAUCAACAGAAUGAGAAUGAUUUUAAACUAUCGGAUUCGGUUGUUCAAGAAAAACAGAAAGCUCGAAAUGCAAAUCCAUUGGAUUAUUCUCUUGUUGUAAAGGUAAAGUGGUUUCCGAAAUCCAGAUUUAAACAACAAAAAAAAUGGAAAACUGCUUCAGAAUCUCACCAAAAAAUAUGGCAAUUUUACGGCAUUGAAUGAUUUGAGUUUUACAAUCUCAAAAAAUGAAUGUUUCGGUUUAUUAGGAGUAAAUGGAUGCGGGAAAACAACGACUUUUGAUAUUUUGACCGGAUAUUCUUUUGGAACUAGUGGAGAAGCGAAAAUUGGCGGGAAAGAUGUGACGGAAAGAAUUGUAGGUCACUGAAAAUUUAGAACUGCAAAGCACAGAAAAGAUUUUCAGAUAAUUCACAAUUUUUCUAGGGAAUCGGAUAUUGUCCACAAUUCGACUCAGUUCUUUUGGAUUUAACUGGUCGAGAAAUCUUGGAAAUUCUCGGGAAAAAUGCACGGAUUCCAGAAUUAUCAACAAAAAGCUGAUAUAAUAUUAGAAAGUAUUGGAAUGCAAAAACAUUCGAAUAAACUAAUCCGAUAUUAUAGUGGAGGACAAAAACGAAAAAUAUCAAUUGGAAUAGCGAUUUUAUCAUCAAAUCAAUCAAUGAUAAUAUUAGAUGAACCAACUGCUGGAAUUGAUCCGAAAGCGAGAAGAGAAAUAUGGGAAUUAUUAAUUUGGGCAAGAGAAAAUUAUAGAGAUAGUGCAAUUAUGUUGACAUCACAUUCAAUGGAUGAAUGUGAGGCAUUAUGUUCUAGAAUUGCUGUGUUAAAUCGAGGAAAAUUAAUUGCAAUUGGAAGUAGUCAAGAACUCAAAUCAUUAUACGGUAAUACUUAUACAAUGACCCUAACUUUAAACAACAAACAAGAUCGGCAAAAUAUUGUGAAAGCGAUCAACAAUCAAAUUCCCGGUGCAAUUCUUCAAACUCCAGAAACCAAUAAAACAUUGGAUUUAGUCUGGUUGAUCCCAAAAAGUGCAGAAGAUGAAUGGUCGGAUAAAUUUGAAAUGGUUCAAAAUUUAGCGAGGCAGUUGAAUGUGAGUUGAAAGAAAAGAGGAAGUUGGGAGUCUAAUUUUUUAAUUUCAGCUCAAGGAUUAUAUUUUAUCUCAAUCGUCUUUGGAAGAAACAUUUCUUCAGUUAGCUCGCAGAAAUCAACAAAAUCUCUUUGAGGUUUAA